UAUAAAGUAAUAGGAAUCAUAACAAAUAAAAUAAUUUCAGUGAUAAUGAGCAACUUAAUAAAGUGAACAUACACAUUGCUUAUGUUGAAAAAUAUGGCGAAAAUCCUGCUCGUUGGGAGCGGUAUAACAGGCGCUGCAACAGCAGCGUAUUUAAGGAUGCAACUUCCUGAGAGGACUAGUAUUCAUAUAUGGGACAAAGCUCGAGGCGCAGGAGGCCGUAUGUCAACUACACGUUGUCCAGAAGAUGGAUCAAUAACAGUUGAUCUUGGAGCUCAGUACUUUACUCUGACAAAAGAAUAUGAACAACGAAGACGCGGCGUAUAUAAUGAACUUCUUGAAUGUGGGGUUCUGGCCAAGCUUGUUGGAGAAAUUGAAGGCAGUGAUCUUAAUCAGCCUGGAUCUCAGCAUUUUGUUACCCCUCAAGGAUCGAGUUCAUUAGUCAAGUUUUAUUUAGACCAAGCUAAUGCAACAAUAAAGUAUCAGGAGCCAGUCAGUGAGAUUAGCUUUGAUGAGACAGGGGAAAAAGUAGAAGUUUCAACACCAAUGAGAUUUGAAAACUUUGAUGCUGUUAUUCUCACAAUUCCAGUGCCACAAGUUCUCCAACUGAAGGGUUUACUUCCUACCUUGAUUGAUAACCUUCCAGAUGUAAAGAAAAAACUGCAGAAUGUCUCCUACUCAUCUAGAUACGCUCUUGGACUUUUUUUCCCACCCAAAACCCAGCUGAAUUACUCUUGGUGUGCCAAGUAUAUCUCUGAUAAUCCUUGCCUUAGAUAUAUUGCUAUUGACCAGAACAAACGAGGAGUCAACAAAGCCGACCAGGGUAUGUCAAUAGUUCUUCACACUAGUGUUCCAUUUGGCUUAGCUCACCUGGAAGAAGAUUUGAAUUCAGUCACAGAUGAAAUACUUGGUCAUGCCCGCAACAUCUUGCCACAGCUGCCAAAGCCUAUAAGCAUCAAACCCCAGAGAUGGAGAUAUUCCCAGGUCCAUCAGCCAUACGAAGACCAGCCAGGAUGUGUGAUCAUACACACAAAUCCUCUGAUAAUUCUAGCAGGUGAUGGCUUCACAACCUCCACCUUUGAUGGAUGCUUGGAUUCUGCUCAUGCAGCAGUAGCUGCUGUCAGGCACAACUUGAGUGCACAUUUUAUUGAUAACACUCCUGACUUUCCUGGGAAUAAUUAGUAAACCAUUACUAAACUUUUACUUAGAACUGUUGUGUGAGCCACCAUUGAUUUUUUUAAGGUAGUCAGGGUCAAUUUUAUAAGUGCUAAACACUAUCAGGGUCAACUUUACCAGCAUUAAACACUAGUUCUUAAAGACAGUUAACAGAUUCUGAUAUAUUCAUUUUCUUAAUAGAUCAAUCAAUAAAAGUUUUGAUUGUAAGCAUUUCAAAUCACUUAAAUUUAUGUUUAAAAAUUAUUAGCAUUCGCAAAUAUAAUUAAGAAUAAAAAAUAAUUUCGCUAAAGUUUAAAAAAAAUUAUUUGUUACAAUAACAUUUUGAAACAAAUAAUAAAAUAAUUCAUCUGUUUUAUUUGAAAGAAUAUAUUUGAAAGAUUCCAUAAACUGUACCUAAAGUAAUAAAAUAUACAUUGGUCUAUGUUUUACACUCCAUGGUUAUUGAAUAUAAUUGUGGUACUAAAGUUUAAUUCCUGAAGUUGUUAUUUUUCAAGCAUUACUGAUCUUCCUGCAGUUUUUGAAGAGUAUAUAUUGUCAGUCGAUAAAGUACUUUUAAAUAUUUCAUUCAUUAUUCUAAAACUAUCCAUCAAGAGAUAAAGUCACUUGUUAGGGAUGGUAUUUUUUCUUUAAAAUUAUAUAUGGGUAACAUAGUGGCAACAUCAUGAGUUUGCUUAUAUAAAUAGGGACAGAAAGUU